AGGAUGUCCAACCGUUACUCAGCGCUGAGGGUUGCUGUUGACACACUGCGUAGAACCUUGGCCAGGACGCAAUGUUGCCGCUGUCGUUUCUCUUGCUGGUGCUGGUGUUGGCACUGCCUGUAGGAGCCCCUUGCCCCUCCCCUGGCCAGAAAUGUUCUGCUGCUGACAUUGCGGUGAAAGAAGGGGACACCAUUAUUGGCAUCUUCUCAAUGGAAACAGGGAAAGACAGUAUUUAUGGGAGUCUUUAUGUACGUCCUGAUGCCAGCUUUCAAGGAGUCACCGUUGUGGUUCAAGGAAGUCACGGGACAAAUGGAGUGUGGUUCCCUAUACCGAGCCAGUGCUUUCCUGACAGGUCGUCGUGGUGGGAGAUGCAAGUGAAAAUAUGGAUAGAAAAAAAAAUCGCCACAUAUGAAGGCAUUUUUGUGGCAGUUUUUGUGACGAGACUUGAGGGAUGUACGUUUGGAUGUUCGAUGAAUGUAGUCGACAAAAAAUUUUACAGACUGGAGGUGGCGGCUCAUGGCCCGUCCAGCUGGAGAAUGACGGCCCCUAAUGCCUCCUGCCCCACAGUGAGGGUGCUCAGCCAGGCAAGAUUUUCUUUGCCAACUUGCCAGGGCUCUCCUUCCUCGAGGAGUCCAGUAAUGUGUCCCACAGGCACCGAUGACCUAAAGCCCUCCACGCCUUCUCCGUCUCCCAUGCACCCCACGGUGCCGGUGUUGGUGCCGGUGUCAGAGGUGGUGAUUGUGGUGAUUGUGGUGGUGGUGGUGGUGGUGGUGGGUGUGGUGGUGGGAGUGAUAGUGACGGUAAAAGUCCGGACUUCACUGGCACAAAGAACUCCAGAAAUAAUAACAGCAGCACCAGCCACCACAGUCAGCCGGCCGGCGGCACCAAGCUGUCAUCCAUUAGCGCCUCCUGCAGCGCCCCGUGGUUUACCUCAUGCAGUGCUCCCUCCACGGCCCCGACACGACCAGGGAGGACCCGCCGAAGACGAUCUGUACGACAACAUCUACGACUCCCACAGCGAACUUUAUCUGCAUGUUGUAUGAGAACAGUACACCGAGGCCCGUCGGGAAUUGGCACAAGACACAACACUAAAUGUCCUUACAAACAUCACAUCCUCUUCCUCCUCCUCCUCCCCUUCCUCGAGUUAGCAGCACUAUUUUUGGUGUGUGUGUGUGUGUGUGUGUGUGUGUGUGUGUGUGGCAGGAAGUCCAGCCGUCACGCAGCGCUGAGGGCCGCUGUUGACACAGUGUUGAGCCUUGAUUAGGACGCAAUGUUUCUGCCGUCGCUUCUCCUGCUGGUGUUGGUGCUGGUGCUGCCUGUAGGAGCCCCUUGUCCCACCCCUGACCAGAAAUGUUCUGCUGCUGACCUUGCAGUUAAACACGGGGACGUCAGUGUCACCUUCCUGUCAAAACAAACAGCCACAGACAACAUUUCUUGGAAUAUGUACGUACGUCCUGAUGUCAAUUUUCAAGGAGUCACUCUUUUGGUUCAAGGAAGUCAAGGGAAAUACGGGGUGUGGUUCCCUAUACCAAACCAGUGCUUCCCUGACAAAGCGUGGUGGUGGGAGAUGAACGUGGGAGUAAUGUUACAAAAAACGCUCCAUUCCAUUCGAUGCUAUAUUUGUGGUGAGACUUGAUGGGUGUUCAAUGUCGUGCACCAUGAAUACACUUGAUGUCGGAUUCUAUAAACUCGAGGUGACUGCUCAUGGGCCGUCCAGCUGGAGAAUGAAGGCCCCUAAUGCCUCCUGCACCAUAGUGAGGGUGCCGAGCAAGAGUAAAAUUAAUGUAUCAGACUGCCAGGCCCCUCCAGUCCCGAAGCUUACAGAAAUGUGUCCCACAAUCACCGAGGAACUAAAGCCUCCCACGCCUUCCACGAUCUCCACGCCUGCCACCAGGUCUCCUACAGCAUUAUCCUCUUCAUACAAGUCGCUUGUGAUUGUGGUGGUGGUGGUGGUGAUGCUGCUGGGUGUGGUGGUGGCGGUGACAGUGGCGGUAAAAGUCCGGACAUCACUGGCACAAAGAACACCAGGUCAAACAACACCAGCAGCACCAUCCACUGCAACCAGCCAGCCAGCGGCACCAAGACGUCCCUCGGCACCGCCUCCUCCAGUCCCUCCUGCAGCCCCCACUAACUGGCAUCAGAGAGCGCCGCGUGGUUGGCCCACUGCGGCGCCCAAUGGCCUGCAUGGCGCACACUCCCUUGCACGGCUUCAGCAGGACCAGGAAGAGGAUGUGUACGAAGAAAUCUACGUUAACGCUGCCUGAAAACUUUUCAGUAAGCCUCCUGAGAAGUGGCACGGGGGACAGGCCUGCAUGUGUCCUCCUGAACACUUCUUCCUCGUAUGAUUGCCAGCUCCUCCUUUUCCUCCCUCUCCCUCUCCUCCGUCUCCCACUCUUUUUAUACAUGUGCAUGGGUGCGUUUCGGCUGUGAAGAAAAUCAAUAUAAUUAUGUUCUUAUAAACGUGCAUCGGUUAUGAAGGAAGUUAAUAUACUUUACAUGAUUUUCUUAUAUAAUUAUGUUCCUAUAAAUGUGUGUCUAGGAGCUUUAUUGGAAUGUGUUGUACUGGCUUUAACAUAUGUUAACAUAUGUUACCAAUAUGUUUUCUUGUGAUCAUGUUUGCAUUACUGUCGAUGUGCUUUUUGGUAUAGUAUUGUAAUCUGUAUAUAUAUUUUUUAUUACAGUGCUCUGCUAUGUUUUUUUUUCAGUUCCAGCAUUCAGUUUUACAGUCAACACGGCCGCGGCAGUCCGUAAUUUGGAUGGUGAGCAAUGUAAGGCACUGGUAUUUGUUUAUUCGUACAUGUGUUAGCGUGCGAUGUACGUCUAUAGGUGCUCUGCCAGACAGGAGAACCUCCAGCAUGAUCUAGUCUCUGUACAUCUCUGUACAAGCUGUACAUGCUCUGAACUCCGUCUAAGAAAGCAAUGCAUAGAGGCCAGAAACAGGGCAAAUAGGGUAGUACGAUUAUUUUUCAGGAGUGUUAAAAGGAAAAGUCUCUCUGUACAAGCUGUAUAUAUUACGAUAUAUAAAAGAAGAAAGCCCGGAGACUGCUCUUCCCCUCAUCUACACAAACUACGAGUAUUUGACCAACAAUCCUUCCACUCCUCUUACUCCUUCUCCUCCUUCUCCUCCUCCUCCUCCUUCUCCUCCUCCUCCUCCUCCUCCUCCUCCUCCUCCUCCUCCUUCUCUUUCUCCUCCUCCUCCUCCUCCUCCUCCUCCUCCUCCUCCUCCUCCUCCUCCUCCUCCUCCUUCUUUUUACAAAACAGGAUGUGAGGGAUCUCUCAGCAUAUUUAACUGGUCUUUGGUCACAGAACUAUCAACUCCGCUCCUUAGAAACACACACACACACAAAAAAUAAUAAUAAUAAGAAUAAGAAUAAGAAUAAUAAUAAAAAUAAAUAUAAAUAAAUAAAAAAAAAAUAAAUAAAUAUUUCACUUUUCACUCCAGCUGUAGUUUCAUGCCUUUCUUGAAGACUUCCCUCACUGGCAGCACGUUCACGAGUCAGUCAACUCUUCUUUCGGCACCAGCGUUGGUUGGCCUCACGCUGGCUGCCUUUCACGCGGCUUUCGUCACCUGCACUGCCCGUCACUCUUUGUAAACAACGGCGGUGAGAACGUUGUCACAAUAUUCGAUAAGGUCUGGUCUGAUUGUAGAUUCCAUAAUAAAGCUUCCUGCUUA